AUGUCGAGCCCAAGAUCCCAAGGUUCUCCAGCGCGGUCAUACUCCAGCAGGUCCAGCGGCUCCAAGUCCAGGAGUCCAAGUCCAAGAUCAGCGUCUCCAGCAUCAAACGCAUCUAACGCUUCCGUACGCAGCCGCCAGAGUAACCACAGCAACCAUAGCCGCUCCAGCAGAGCAGCUUCUCCAGGAAGCAGACGGUCCUCACCCAAGAGUCACCACUCAAACUCCAGGUCCAGGUCCAGGUCCAGGUCCAGAUCCAGGUCUGCUUCUGCAGCGAGUAAUAAUUCAAACAAUCGCAGCUCUCGCAGCAGGUCAGCUACUCCCAGGUCCAGGUCAGGAAGUCCCAGGAAUGAUCAAGGAAGUCCUGGAAGCAAGAAGUCAAGGUCCAGAUCUGGAUCUAGGUCCAGGUCUGCUUCUCCAGGGAGUAAUAAAGAAGAUAGGUCUAGAUCUGGGACUCCUGGAAGUGCGAAAGGUAAUAGAUCACGUUCAGGAUCACCAGUAAGUGCAAAAGGUGAUAGAUCUAGAUCUGGAUCUCCAGGAAGUCCUAAAAAUAGAUCUAGAUCUGGAUCUCCAGGUAGUGUUAAAAACCAAAGAUCUAGAUCUGGAUCUCCAGAAAGUUCUAAAAAUAGAUCUAGAUCAGGUUCUCCCGGAAGUCCUAAAAAUAGAUCUAGAUCUGGAUCUCCAGGAAGUCCAAAAGAUCAAAGAUCUAGAUCAGGAUCUCCAAUUAGCAAGCCAAGAGGCUCAAAAUCUCCAGAAGGAGAAGCUAAAUCCGGCUACGACAGCGACGAAGAAGUCGCUAAGCGAAAACUCGCUGACCUGGAAACGACUGAGUCCGACGUGGAGGCAAAGAAAGCAAAGCGCCACCGAGCGUUGAUCGAUAGUGACUCUGAAGAAGAGACACCAGCGAAGACUGUGAAGCCAACAGCAGACGCGCUCUUUGGAGAUGCUUCGGACAUCAGCUCUGAUGAGGAGAAAAAGUCUCCCAAGUCGAGGUCGAGGUCCAGGUCCAGGUCUAGAUCCAAAUCCAAGUCCAAGUCUAAAUCCAGGUCCAGGUCUAGGUCCAGGUCCAGGUCCAGGUCCAGGUCCAGGAGUCGCAGCCGUGGGCGCAGCGAGGAGCGCCAAGAAGACCCGGAGGACAAGGAGAAGGAGGAUGAACCUGAACCUCCACCUGAGACCAGGAUUGAUGUCCUCAUUCCGAAGAUCACCACCGACCUCGGCAAGGAAAUUCACUUUGUCAAGCUUCCUAAUUUCUUGUCUGUUGAAACCCGGCCCUUUGAUCAUGAGACCUAUGAGGAUGAGAUUGAUGAAGAGGAGACCCUUGAUGAGGAGGGUAGGGCCAGGUUGAAGCUCAAGGUUGAAAAUACCAUCAGAUGGUCAGAUGGCAGCAUGAGUCUGCAUUUAGGUUCAGAAAUCUUCGACGUGUACAAACAGCCGCUGCAGGGUGACCACAACCACCUGUACAUCCGUCAAGGAACCGGUUUGCAAGGUCAAGCGGUUUUUAGAACAAAGUUGACCUUCAGACCGCACUCUACAGAUUCGUUCACCCACAAGAAGAUGACCAUGUCUUUGGCCGACAGGUCCCAGAAGCUCCAGGGAAUAAAAGUGCUCAGCACAGUGGGCCACAACCCGGACCAAAACAGGUACGAGCUCAUUAAAAAGGAAGAGGAGAAGCUCAGGAUGGCGCUGAAGAACCAGGGGAAGGCCAAGAAGACUGGAAGUGGCCGGGGUGCUGGCAGGAGCGCCAGCUAUGCUGCUGAUGCUUAUAAUGACGAUGGUUCCGAUGAUGAAGGCGCUAUUUCGCUGGCUGCUAUUAAAAGUAAACACAAAAAAGGCGGUGCUGUUGCUACUAAAGUGUCUGCAUCAAAUAUUUACUCGUCGGACGAAGAAGGGUCUGACUUUGAAACAACUAGACCUCGAAAAAGUGUCAAAGGCAAGGUAUUGAAGGAAUCUGAUGAAGAAUCUAAUGCUAGUUCUAAUAGUGGCUCUGAAAGCGGUGGAGAUAAUGAAAAGGCUGAUGCUGAUAGUGAUUAG